AUGGGGUUAAAUGUUUUAUAUUAUCUAAGAUGCACCUUAGCACUUGUUAUCCUUUCAAUUGCUGCCAUUUAUGGUAUUAUCGUAUCAAUUCUUUGUACAAUAAUUGGGAAACAACAUCUAUCUCAAUAUCUAACUGCAAGAUUUUAUUACACCUUAAUGAAAUAUGGUAUGGGUAUUGACGUGAAAAUCAUUGGUGAGGAAAACUUAUCCAAAUUACCAUACGUUUUAAUCUCUAAUCAUCAAUCUGAAUUAGAUGUAUUAAUGAUUGGUAAAACUUUCCCACCUGGUUGUACAGUUACCGCUAAAGGUGCCUUGAAACGUGCUCCCAUUUUAGGUUGGUUCAUGUCAUUAAGUGGCACAGUAUUUUUAGAUAGAACUGAUAGAACUAAGAGUGUCACUACUUUGAAUAACAGCUUAACAAAUAUCAAGAAAAACAAGAGAGCUGUGUGUAUUUUCCCCGAGGGAACCAGAUCUUAUAGUACUGAGUUGCAUAUGCUACCCUUUAAAAAAGGUGCCUUCCAUUUGGCUCAACAAGGUGAAUUGCCUAUCGUACCAGUAGUAGUGGCUAAUACCAGUUCUCUAUUGAGUCACAAAUGGAAAACUUUCAAUUCCGGUUGUAUGAUUGUCAAAGUAUUGAAACCAAUCCCUACAAAAGGUUUGAAAAAGGAAGAUAUUACUGCGUUUAGUGAAAAAGUUAGAAGUAUUAUGGAGAAGGAAUUGAAAGAAUUGGGAUAUUGUCCAGCUAAUAAUAUUACAAGUUUACCUCCGGUAGUCUUAGAAUUACAAAAGAAAAAUCUUUGA